AUGGGGCGAGCUUCGUCCUUUCUGUUGGUGUUACUGGCUUUCGGCUUCUUCAUUGCAACUUAUAAUUUGUUAACUUUGGUGAUGCACAAGACCGGUAGAAAUGUGACUGGGGGGUUAGAUGAUCCGGUUAUUAGGAGGCCCAGCGUGUCGGGUGAGAGAAGUGGACCGAAGUUCCAUGUGGCGUUAACGGCCACUGAUGCACCUUACAGCAGAUGGCAAUGCCGGAUCAUGUAUUAUUGGUACAGGAAAAUGCGGGAUGCGCCCGGUUCGGAUAUGGGAGGUUUUACUCGGAUUUUGCAUUCGGGAAAUCCUGAUAAUUGGAUGGACGAGAUUCCAACUGUCAUUGUGGAUCCUCUUCCAGACGGUCUUGAUCGGGGUUACAUUGUUUUAAACAGGCCUUGGGCUUUCGUGCAGUGGCUGGAGAAAGCCACCAUCGAGGAAGAAUACAUUCUAAUGGCGGAACCUGAUCAUAUAUUCGUUAACCCGUUGCCAAAUUUGGCUCAUGGAGAUCAACCGGCCGCAUACCCCUUUUUCUAUAUAAAACCGGAUGAGCAUGAGAAAAUUGUGAGAAAAUAUUAUCCUGAAGAAAAAGGCCCAGUGACAAAUGUCGAUCCAAUUGGCAAUUCUCCAGUAAUUAUCAAGAAGUCGAUGUUGGAGAAAAUUGCACCCACAUGGAUGAACGUCUCCUUGCAGAUGAAGGAUGAUCCCGAGACUGAUAAGGCUUUUGGUUGGGUCCUAGAAAUGUAUGGUUACGCAGUUGCAUCUGCUUUGCAUGGAGUGCGACAUAUUCUUCGUGCGGACUUCAUGCUACAGCCACCAUGGGAUUUGGAAGUUGGCAAGAAUUUCAUCAUCCAUUUUACAUAUGGUUGUGACUACAACAUGAAGGGAGAAUUAACCUACGGUAAAAUUGGAGAAUGGAGAUUUGACAAGAGAUCGCACCUUAGUGGUCCGCCUCCUAAAAAUAUCUCACUGCCUCCUCCAGGUGUCCCUGAAAGCGUGGUAAGGCUUGUGAAAGCUGUGAACGAGGCAACUGCACAUCUUCCAGACUGGGAGACAACAUAG